AUGUUUAUUGUUUUCCCAUCAAUUGUUCUAUCAGGAUCAGUUGACGUGCAAUGGUCAAACACCAAUUUUCAAAAGAUCACUGUUAAUGGAACAGAAUUUAGCAACAAUGGCAAAGAUUUAGAUUUGUAUCUGAAUUCAGGUUUGUCUGCUACUAUAAAAGUUCCAGGGAACAAUCACGCAUCAUUCAAUAAUGAACAUUUCAUAUUGAAAUCAGAAUUUACCCAAUCUGAUGAUCAUAAUUCUGUUGAUAUGAAUUUUAAAAUCCGUAAUACAUGUCGAUACAGUGGAUCAUUUGAUUUAUAUUAUCUUAUCAACUACACAUUUGAUGGAAGAAUUCCAGUUGCCAAGUUUCAUAGUUAUUAUAAAGGAAUUCUUUUCAAAGAUUCGGCUACAGGUAAUAUGAUAAAUUUCAUUGCAAAUAAUGUUACUGGAAUGUUUUUUUCAGAUAGAGAAAAUUCAUAUUUCAAUAGCAGAAUUGAUAAAAUUCAAGAGUUAAUCAACAAGAGUCAAUUUUUCUACUUUGGUUGGGAAUUUUCAAAUGUACAACCAAAUGAGGAACUUUCCUUAGGAUUUACCAUUGAUGAUGGUUCUAGCUUAGAUCCAUCCCCAAUUGUUCGUUUAGCUGAACCAAUUCAAGAUUAUUAUGCUCCAGGAAACAAUGUCCCAAUUAAAAUUCAAGUUCAAGGUGCAAAAGCAGGUCAAGUUAUAGAAACAUACGUUGAAUCUGAUGAAGAUCGUUAUAGUUCACGAACUCCCAAAAACACAUUUACAGUUUCAGAAGACCAAAAAUCAACAACAUUUACGUUUACAAUGAGAAGUUCAUAUAUUGGAAAUUCCUAUUUUAAGAUUUAUGCUAUGUGCAACAAUACAUUGAUCUCAAAUGUCAUUUCUGGUACAGUUCUAUUCGCAUAUCCACCAUCUUUUAAUUUGACAGAAACACCGAAAUCAAUAUAUUAUCCAAACUCCGUUCUUAGACUUAAAGGACAAAUUUCAGAUGAUACAACAGUUCGCAUCUGUUAUAAUAUAAACAAUGACACAAAGACAGAAGUUUGUAGUAAAACUCAAUACAACGCUUAUAACAAAAAUUUGAAUGAAAUAUUCAAUAUUGGAACAAAUAUCAAUGAAGGAAAUAAUUCAUUUUAUAUUUACGCAAAGGAUGACCAAGAUGUUAAUUCUCCAGCAGCCAAGUUUGGCUUUCAAUUUGUUAAUAAGAUUACUCCAAAGAUCUUAAACUUAACAGGCAUCCAUGAAAAUCAUUAUUAUGCAUUUCAUGAAUACAUAGAUUUGAAUUUAACAGUACAAACAAAUGCUGGUGAUAUGUUAUCAGUAUAUUAUUAUUAUGAUCAACAAGAUCCAAAAUAUGUUGAUCAAUUCAGUAGUGAAGGCCAAACUGAGUAUUCAUUCAGGGUUUUACCAAUUCCAGAACCAAAUUCGUGGUAUCAUAAAUUAAAAGUCUUUGUUACCAAUCAAGAUAAUGUUUCAUCUACAGAAAUUGUUCAAGACAUCAGAGUAGAGAAACAGGAUAUCUUUAUUCAGACAAAUACAUUAGAAGAAUAUUAUGCACCUGGGGCACAAGUUACAAUAGAAGGAUAUUUCCAAGAUUUUAAGAGUGGACAUAAGAUUUCAGUAUAUUAUAAUUAUGAUAGAUAUUAUGAUGUCGAAAUUCCAAAUGUAGUAGCAACAAUGAAUGAGAGUUGCAUUUCAGAUAUUAUUUCAUUCACAAUCCCUUUUAAAAAUUCGAGUGGAUACCAAAAUAUAGAAAUCUAUGGCAGAGAUAAACAAGAGAAUGAUAAAAGUGAGAGCACAAGACUGAGAAUCUUAACAAAUAUCAAACCAGAAUUAAGACAUGUCGAUGAUAUUGAAGCAUCAUAUUCUAUUAAUAGUUUUAUAACUGUCACAUUUACAGUUUGGGAUGACAUGGGCUGCUAUCUUGGUUACAUCUUCGAUGAUGGUCAAAGAUAUGAGCUUGACGAAAAUCUUAGAACCGAAGGCGAAAAGACUUACACAAUGCAGAUUCCAACAGAAGGCAAAGGACUAACAGUUGGACAAAAACAUAAAUUAACAAUUUUAAUUGUUGAUAAUUAUAACUUGACUUCAAAUAAUAUUUCUUUUGAAUUCAAUUAUGAUUCUAGAAAUGCUCCAUCAAUUUAUGUUGAGAAGUCAAAACAAAAUCCAUACUAUCUCCAUUUCAGACAUGAUAUUUUCUUCAACAUCACAUCAAAUGAUAAAGAUAAUGGAAAUAACGUUACUGUUUAUGCAGUCACUGACUAUAAUGAACCUAUUGUAUGUUGGGAAUAUACUUCAAAUGCAGAGAAUCAGUCCAUUGUUUAUGCAUUACCAAAUCCACAUUCAGCAGGUAAUCAUUGGGUUGCAUUUUAUGCUUCAGAUCAAACAAAUGCAUCAUCAGAAAAAACAAACUUAACAUUUUACAUAAACCGUGAUAUUUCAAUUGAUUUUAAUAAAACUGGUAAUUAUAUUUUACCAAGAACUGUUAACCCAGAACAUGAAUUUACAUUAACAGGUGUAUGUUAUGAUUUCGACGUGGGACAGCCUAUUUCAAUUAAAUUUGAAUUAUUUAAGGGAUAUUUUUCAGAUAAUGCAGUUUAUACCUAUGACUGCGGUUCAUUCAUACCAAAUGAUCAUUGUACUGCAACAUUUAGUUUCAAUUUAGUUAUUCCUGAACUCAAUGAUGAUUAUCAAUACAAGUUUACGGCUAUUCAAGGUACACUAAGCGGAUAUACUAGCCAAACAUUAAUUAGAAUUUCAAGAGAACCAAGUUUGUAUGACUUAGUUCCAAUAGAUGAAGAAUAUACAAAAGGAGAAAGUAUUACAAUCUCUGGAAAAGUAUAUGAUGAAAAUCAAGCAGAAAUUUAUUACUAUUUCGAUGACAAUACAUAUGCUGCUAGUAAAUUAAUUACUGUUAAUACAAACAACAAAACAGUCCCAUUCACAGCAGUCAUUAAAACAACAGAUUUUUCUUGGUACCUCCCAACUGGACCACAUAUUCUAAACAUUUAUGCUCAAGAUUCAAUUGGAACAAAAUGUGAAGUUCAUAAUUUCACAUUUAUUUACGAUGAUGAAUUAGCCCCUAACCUCACAGUUAAUAAAUAUGACGAAAGCAAGAAACAAUAUAGAAAGAAUGAUGAAAUUACUUUCAACAUUUCUGCGAACGAUUUGAAUUAUGGUGAUCCAAUAUUCAUUUAUCUCAAAGUCAACACAAAUGAAAACAUUGAAUUAUUUAAUUUGACAUCAACCAGAGUUGUCCAAACAAUGAACUAUACCUAUAAUGUUGGAUCAACUCCAGGUCAUCAGAAACUUUCAUUCAUAGCCAAGAAUAAUAAUCAAUCAGUAUCCAAUCAAAUAACUUUUGAGCUUGAUGUAUUGGCGAUUCCAAGGCUUUUCAUCACAACUCAAUUCGAGAAGAGAUAUGACUUAAACAAAGAAAUCGCAGUCAAAGGAUAUGCUGAAGACUUCAAAGUUGGAUCAGCAGUUGAUUUUUAUUAUAAGUUAAAUAACAAUGAAGAAAAACAUUUAGAUAAUAAAUUGAUUGUUAAUGAGAAUUCAAAGACUGAUGAAUUCACUUUCAGUAUUCAAUUACCGAAUGAAAAGCAACUUAACAAUAUUACAUUCUAUGCCAAACAUGAUGAACAACAAGAUCAGUCAGAACUUUUCACCUUCUUCACAUCGAACCUUCCUAAAAUCAUUGCAUGGAACGAUUUCAAAGAUAAAUAUUCAUUGGAUGAGAAAAUCACUUUGAAUCUUGAAACAUCAAAUACAGAUCAAAAUGAGUAUAAGUUGUCAUACAAAUUUGAUGAUGAAGAUGAAAUUAAACUUGAUCAAUCAUUUACAGAUUCUAAAAUCAAUUUAGAAAUUUCAAUUCCAGAAAGCCUUACUAAUUCAAAACAUAGAUUGACUUUAUUUGUAUAUGAUGAAAAUAAUUUCAAAUCUGAACCAGAAUCAAAGGAAUUUGACUAUAAGAAGGACAAUAGAUCUCCAGAAAUCUCCGUUCAAAUUGUUUAUCCAAUGCAAUCAUAUGUCCAAAACGAAAUAAUUAAGUUUAAGGUUCAAUCCAAAGACUUCAAUAAUGGAAACACUGUAAAGAUUCACUUGAAAGAAGGGGACAAUGAUCAAGUUAUUCACGAAUACACAUCUAAUGGUGAUAUAUUCGAAAAAUUUGAAUACAAUUAUACAAUCAUCAAAGAAAUUGGUAUCAUAGAUUUAAUCUUUGUUGCUAUUGAUAAUGAAGAUGCAUCUUCAGAACAAAACGUUACAAUUAAAAUUAGAAAGAUUCCUGAAUUGACGAUAACAUCAGAAUUGAAAUCAUAUUACUCUCCAAACGAAGAUCUAAUUAUUAAAGGAUAUGUAACAGAUUACAAGCAAACAAAUAUUCUUUCAUUGAGAUAUCAAAAAGAUGAUUACUCUGCAACUGAGUUGUUAAACAACAUUAAAAUAACAGACAAACUCAGAUCAGAUGAGUUUUCAACAACAAUUCGUUUACCAUCCAAGAUUGGAAUUCAUAAUUUCUUCCUCUCUGUAAUUGACGAUGAACAAAAAUCAAGUAAAUUAGUCAAAUUAACUUUAAGAAUUCAUGUUAAACCUGAGAUCAAUUUAUUGAAUUUUUCCAAAAAUCAAACUGAAAUUAAGAUGAAUGUUAAAGUAGAAAUUCAUCAACCAGUUUCUGUCUAUUAUUCAUUCGAUAAUGAUGAAAAAUUGAGAUUAACUUCAAUUGAAGAAAGCAAAGAAGUUGAACUUAAAAUUCCAUUGAAAUCUGAUUUAACAAAUGACUAUCAUUCUGUGCAUGUUGUCCUAAUUGAUGAAUAUAACUUGUCAUCAGAAGUAGUAAAUCAUUCAUUCUUCUAUUCCAUACAAAAACCAGAAAAAACGCCUUUGCCAUCACCAAUUGCUAAUAACACAUCAGGAGGAAAUUCAAAUGAAAACUCUGAAGAAGGAGAUGAUAACUCUAAGCAUGGAUUCUUCAAUACUCCAUUUGGAAAAUAUGGACUUUGGAUUAUACUCGUAGCAGGUAUAAUAAUUAUAUGUAUAGUAAUCUUCUUUGUUGUUAAAGCAAUUAUUAGAAAGAAAGAUCGUGAAAGUGAAUCAGAAUUCUCUGGUUAUAGGGAAGAUCUUAACAAGACCAAUGUAGAUGUGUAA